AAAAGUCAUGAGUAUAACAUAAAUUGCUCAUUUCUCAACCCAAAUACAUGCGUUUAUCAUCAAAAUGCUUACAAUUCAACAUACAAUCAUAUGGGACAAACAAUUUCAACAAUUAUACAUUACAUAAGAAAGCCCCAAUUCGUUUUUUUGGGUAUUUUUCUUUUUGAAAAAUCCGAGAAUUAAACUUUUUAUCUCUUCCACCAUGAAUGACCUCGCUUUGCCAUUGAUGUCAUCAUCGUCAUCGUCGCCUAGAUGGAGAGAAGCAAAUCCACCAUCAUCGUCAUUGUUGUCUUUAUUGUCAUCGUCAUUUCCUCCGCCGCACGAACUAUUUCACCAGACUUGACUGACCCAAUAAUUUGUGAUCUCAUAAUAAUUUGUUGUGUUUAUGAAAUGCUUAGUAGUUACUCCGUAGUAAGGAGUACAAUUUACUACAAUUUGUUUUACUGUGGAGUACUUUUUUUGAAAUGCAAAUUCAAAUACAAGCAAACACCAAAACGACGAGUUCAAUUGGUUUUGCAGCUAUAAAUACGGACAUCAUCACUGUAUUCCUCAUUCCCAACUGAAGAAAAUUCAAAUUGAAAAAAAGAGAAGAAAAAAAAAACAGAAAAAUGGCGGGAGCUCAAGAACUAAAAAUGGCGGAGAGAGAAACUCAGAAGUCGUUAAUGGCGAUGCCGACGACGCUAAUGACAAGAUAUCAGAAUCAAUGGCAAUGGAAGGUUCAAUACGGUCGAUGCUUCACUUAUCCUUCUUCGUACCACUCUAAAAUCACCGCCAUAACCACUAGUACUUCUUCUUUUCUCUCUCCUCUCAAGCGAAGCCCAUUCAAGCCUGUUUGGAUUACUUCUUCUGGAUUCUCCAUCGUCUCUCUCCAUCCUUCCUCUGAUGCCUCCUCCUCCGCUGAUUCCAUCCUCACUGUUUCUCUUCAAGGAACUAUUGUUGAAGAGCACUUCAUCUCCAAGCUGCAGUUUGUCUGGCCUCAAGUCUCAUGUCUCUCUGGGUUUCCUACUCGAGGUAGCCUAGUUGUCUUUGCAAGCUACGUCGAUUGUUCAGAUGAGAAGCAGAAGUUUGCCAUGCGGUUUUCAGGAGUGCCGGAAGUACAAGAUUUCAUAACCUCAUUGCAGGAUAUCCUUUCGAAUAAAAUCCCUAACAGACCUUCAACUGUUGAUGCCAUAUCUGCAAUAUCUUUUCAGUCUGAGUUUGUUCCUGCAUAUAGGCCUGACACAUCAAGCAUGAUGACCCCGGGUUAUGAUUCUAACCCAUCAAAGAACUUGCACAACGAAUAUGAGGAAUCACAGACCCAAAAUACAGUUGCUGAUUCUCAGAACAGUGUUGAAGCACUUCCUCCUCGCUUCACAUCACUUGUGUCCAGCUGCUCUGUUGAGCACGAACAGGAUAAAUUAGCUCUUGCUCUUGCACCUGGUCCGCGGAAUUUUGACCUGAAAGCCCAAAUUUCGAAAUAUAUGCAAGAUGCAUCUUUCCUUGAUAUGGUGAGUAAAGUGAAUGAGGUAAUCACUGAACUCGGAGAUGACUUCACGAUAUAGAAGUUCUAAGAGUAUUGCACAAGUCACCUUAUGUAUAGUGCUGCUCCUUUCACUUAGAGCUCAAGUGCUCAACCCAACGAAAAAGAUGGCCUUUCCAUGAACUCAACCAUAUUCAUAAAUGUUGCUCCUCGACGUGACUGUGAUACACGAAGUAUAUAUAUAGCAGUAUAAUCUUAUCUGAUGUUACAAUCUUUCUAAACAUUUAUGUAAACACAUUACCUACAAAUUAACCUUUACAUACAGUUUGCUUGGAAAAAGUAAUGAAAUUGUGUUUAGAGAUAUAAAGUUCAAUUUACGUUGUCUGGAACUGAAUCUCAUUC